GUCAAUUCUUGUGAGCUGCUCCCCCAAGAGGUAUCACCACCAGCCCGGUUAUACUCUCUCUCAUCAUGGCGGAAAAAGCCUAUGUCACCGACACUGGAGUCGAGCACAACGAGAAGAACCCGCCGGAGUACCACGAGUCUGCCGCACGCCCAGCUGACACCAGUGGUCGGCGCGCAUCGGUUGCGCUGAACAUCGUCGAGAAUCCGUUGCGGCGAGACUCGCCGGAAAAGGUUGUCGCAGCUGCUCGAAAGUUUGCUGAGGAAAACGGGUUGCAAGACAAGGCGACUUUGUUUGGCCAAGCAGCCCUCGUUGCACGCGAUCCUACCAGCUUCGCCGCGAUCGACGGACUCGACGAGGAUCAAAUCAAUGCCUUGGCAUACGAGCGCGAUCACAAGUGGCAUGGGCCUGCGAUGCUCUGGUAUUCGAUAUCGCUGUGUGCCAUUGGAGCUGCAACACAAGGCUGGGAUCAAACGGGCUCGAACGGCGCCAACCUGAGCUUCCCACAGGAGUUUGGAAUCGCUCGUGAGGGUAACCAGCGCGAUGAGUGGAUCGUGGGAUUGAUCAACUCCAUCAUCUUCUUGACUGCUGGUCUCAUCGGAGCCUUCAUUGUCGACCCUCUCAACAAGUACUUUGGACGACGAGGCGAGAUCUUCAUCACUGCAUGUUGCUUGACUGCCACCCCUAUCGGCUCCGGGUUUGCGCAGUCAUGGCAAGGACUCUUCGCGGCUCGUUUUGUCAUGGGUAUCGGAAUUGGCGCCAAAAAUGCCACUGUCCCCAUCUAUUCCGCUGAGAUGGCUCCCGCUAGGAUCCGAGGUGCUCUCGUGAUGUUCUGGCAGCUUUGGGUCGUCAUCGGCAUCUUCCUGGGAUUCUGCGCCAACGUUAUUGUCAAGGAUGUUACUGUCGUUUCUGCCUGGAGACUUCAGCUUGGUUCCGCCUUCAUUCCAUCUUUCAUUCUCGGUGUAGGCAUCUUUUUCUGCCCAGAAAGUCCCAGAUGGCUCAUGAAGAAUGGACGCAUGAAAGACGCCUUCACCUCGAUGAGUAGACUACGAGCGCAUCCGAUCAUCGCGGCAAGAGACUUUUACUACUCGGUUGUCAUCUACGAGGAGGAGUGCAAAUUGAGCCAAAACACCACCUACUUCAGCAGACUUUGGGAUUGUUUCUCCAUUCCUCGCAUUCGACGAGCAAACUAUGGAGCUUCCACAGUCAUGAUUGCACAGCAAAUGUGCGGCAUCAACAUCAUCUCCUUCUACAGUUCGACCAUUUUCACCAAUGUCGGAUACACUGCCACUCAAGCACUCUACGCCUCGCUCGGCUACGGUGCGAUUCAAGUCGUCUUCACAAUCCCCACUCUCUUCUUGAUCGACACCAAAGGCCGAAGGACCCUCACACUGAUUACCUUCCCCAUCAUGUGCAUCACCUUACUCGCAGCCGGUCUCUCGCUCCUAGUUCCCGACACGGCAUCCAAAGGAGCGCAAAUCGGACCCGUCGUGCUCUUCGUGUACCUGUUCACGAUCGCAUACUCGUUGGGAGAAGGUCCUGUUGCAUUCCAGUAUUCUGCAGAAGUCUUCCCUACCAUCCAGCGUGAGCAGGGUAUGGCAUGGGCUGUGUGCAUCAACAACACUUUUGCCGGAAUCCUCUCCCUCACAUUCCCCCGAAUGACAACAGUAAUGACCCAAACCGGCGCCUUCGGCUUCUACGCCGCCCUCAAUCUAAUCGCAUGGUUCAUGAUAUUCGCCUUUGUCCGCGAAACCAAACAACUCACACUCGAAGAAAUCGACCAAGUCUUUUCCGUGCCGACCAAAGAAUUUUUGGCCUAUGAAACCAAAACCUGGCUGCCAUAUUUCGUUAAAAGGCAUAUUUUGAGAAGAAGGAUUGAAAAACCACCGCCGAUUAUUGAGAAGGCGGAUCGGUUUAGUGAUGAGGAGGAACGCGUGGCUGCGGGUCAGGAUGUGAGGAAUCGGUUGAGUUAUGCACCUGCUGGUGGGAUUUAAAAGGGAGAGUUACUUGUAGCUGUACUUGUACCUGUACCUUACCUAGCGACUAUCAACUUUACGACGGUUGUUUUGUCAUGGGAAGGAAAAGAGGUAGAGGUAGUAAGCUGUGCAGUUGUGUGUAUAUAAAUGAGGAUCAUGAAUCUCGGUUCUUUCAUACCUGGUACCUUUUAUUCUUUUUGCAGGAGAAAAGCGGCUGCUACUACACGUAGAAGGUAGCUGAGCCUGGAGGUGAUGAGAAGUUACCUAGAAGAUACCCCCUAGCCUUUGAAAUGAUCUAAUUUGUCGGAGGUACAUCAAUGAUCACACAAAGUCACACACACCAACUCCAAUUCGAACGAUUUUC